AUGACCCUUGUUGAGUAUGUAAGAGAGAAAUGGCUGGAAGAAACAACCAAGCAAUUUUCGAUGCUUUGGAGUCAGUGGCUCAUGCGCUACAAGGUCAGCCCGUAUCAUGCUGGUGAUGAGUUCUUUGGAUUGGGGAAGUUUCAGAGAAAUGAUCCGCCGACUUUCAAGGGAAUAUAUGAUCCAGAGGGUAAGAGCCUGAAGACUGGUGGAAUACUGGAGGCUGUUGGUACUGAGAUUACAUAUGUUGUGUUCAUAGCAUAUUUCCUAGAGAAGUACUUUCCAGAGAGUGUGCACAGUAAGAAGGAUAUCGAGUUCCUCAAACUAAAGUAUGGAAAUAUGACAGUUGUUGAAUAUGCUGCUAAGAUCGAAGAAUUGAUGAAGUUUUGUCCAUACUACAAUGGUGCGGUUGCUAAGGGGUCGAAGUGUAUCAAGAUAUAUGAUGAGGAUAGUAGAACACAUUAUGUUUACUAUAAGAGUCUUAGUGAGAAGAAAGGGAAUAAUCAGUAUCGUGGGAAAUUGUAUAGUGCUCCAACUGAAAAGGGGAAACAUAGGGUCUUAGAUGAGAAAAGACUAAGUGGAGGAGAGACACCCACUUCUGUAAAGUGUUUUAAGUGUGGGAUCGCAGGUCAUCGUGCCAAUGACUACAAGAGUUCUAAGAAUAAAUGCUUCAAGUGUGGGAAGACUAGACAUCUUAUUGUUGAUUGUAAGAGUAAUAGUCUAACUUUCUUCAACUGUGAAAAGCCAUGUCACAAUUAG